AUGGAUGCUCCCGAGCCCGAAUCGACGCCCUUUGCGGCCGUUACCGUCCACACCACCAAGCUUCAGAGACAAUAUCAAGCUCUUCUUGACCAGUCCACGCCAUAUGUGCUGAACCGUUGGGUCGGCACCGGCGUCAUCCUGAUCCUCUUCUUUAUCCGCAUCUUUGUCGCACAAGGAUGGUACAUCGUUGCCUAUGCGCUCGGCAUCUACCUGCUGAACCUCUUCCUCGCCUUCCUCCAGCCCAAGUUCGACCCCUCCAACGAUGAUGCCGAGAACGACAUGGAGGACGGCGUUGGCGUCCUUCCCACCAAGAGCGACGAGGAGUUCAGGCCCUUCAUCCGCCGCCUGCCAGAGUUCAAGUUUUGGUACUGGGCCACUCGCGCCGUCACCAUCUCCUUUUUCUGCACCUGGUUCGAGAUCUUCAACAUCCCCGUCUUCUGGCCCAUCCUCGUCAUGUACUGGAUGAUCCUCUUCGUCCUGACCAUGCGCAAGCAAAUCCAGCACAUGAUCAAGUACCGAUACGUUCCUUUCACUGUCGGCAAGCGCACCUACGCCAAGGAGAGCUCCUAA